AUGGAUCAGCAGCGUCUCCUUUAUCAGUUCAUACAGCGAACUGGAUUAGAGUUAGAGGCUGCUGCAAGCAUUCUUAAACGUACUGACUGGGACCUAGUGGAAUCCUAUCGCAUGUUUGACAAUUUGGUCAAAAUUGGCAAGAUCAAACCCGUCCAGCCACCGAUGCACUCCCGCCUGUCCAGUGGUCUAGGGAUUACGGGUGGUCAGCCGUCCCGCUCAUCAGGUGGUCCAGGAAUGACCAUCAGUCAGCCGUCCCACAUGUCCAGUAAUCCAGGGAUGCAAAGUGGUCACCCUUCCAACGUGUUCAAUACUCAGCGGUACUCAAGUGGACAGCCCAGACAAGAGACGUACACCAGGAGUUCAGCUAUGUACCAUGGGCCACAUUCACAACAAGAGAGGAUAAUUCCAAUACAAGUGGAGAAAUCACGUCCUCUGUCACAGGCAGCAGGUCGCACCUCCACCCCACCUCCUAUAGUCAAGAGACCAGUCAGUCAACAAGUACAGUACAGGGAUCAUCCUGGGGAACAGAGUAGAAUUUAUGGAGACCCAAGUCGAUUCCAAGGAAACCAAAGCAGGUUUCAGGGCAGCCAUGAGAGAUUUUCUGGAGAUCCAGGGUUGCUGUCUGGAGAGCGCAACAGGAUUCCAGGUGACCAUGCUAUGUUUCAUGGGGAUCAAAAUAGGUUGCCCAGUGAUCAAGGUCGGUUUCAACGAGAACAUAAUCAGUUGUAUAAUGAUCAAGGGAGGCUAACAAGUGACCACGGCAAAUUCCAAGUUCAAGUAGUCAAACCGCAAACUACCUCCUAUCAGGGAACACCUAGUCAGCAUAUGUCUGGGCAAGGGAAGAACCCAGAGAUCACCUCAAGAUCAAAUGUUCUGUCGAGUAGCCCUGAAAAUGGUCAGAUCAGAUCUGGAAUAGGGUCCAUUCCUGGACAGAAAAUAUCAGUCAUCAAUGUCCAUGGGCCUGGCCAUCAUGUAGCAAUGGAGACUGAAUGUCAGAAACGGUCCAAUACUUCUAUGCAGUCUGGAAAUCAACAUACAUCAGGAUUUGGAUCUCAGGAUAAACAACAAAGUCAAGUGCCAGGAGUAAAACUUCAUGCACCUCGACCUCAGAGUGAGAUCCUACAGAACAAUAGGGGAUCACCGUCUAAAAUGGUAGGAGGCUCACUACCACCAAGCCAGACCACAUCUAUACAGAGGCCAGUCAGUGAGAUAGUAACCACUGGUAAACACUCCUCAUCUGCUAAAUCUAUCAACGAAACUCGGUCAGGUGAUGCGACACCCACAGGGGACCAGGGAGAGUCAGGGGUUACAGGAGGUCUGGACACCAAGACAGCACAUGUCACACCAUCAUCCCCCCGACCUUUGAAGCGUGGUUUCUCUAAGAUUGUUGAGAAUGAAUCCUUAGUGAGUGCAACCAGGAACAGCCUCCUGCAUGACAUAGAGGAGGACAGUCAUGACCAUAUGUAUGUACAAACCUUUGUCUUACCGGAUCUGACUGUCUUUUCCUCCGACUAUCGUGCUUUCCUGGAGAAAGACUUGAUUGAAACCUCCACUCUAGUGUCCCUGGAACAAGCAGGACGACUAAACUGGUGGGCAGAGAUGGGGAUCUGUCAACGACUCCUUCCUAUGGCCACCUCGGGGGACGGCAACUGUCUACUACAUGCAGCAUCACUAGCCAUGUGGGGAAUCCAUGAUCGUGAGUUGAUGUUAAGGAAAGCCCUGUAUGACACACUCACACAACAAACCUACAGCAAGACUCUCUACAGACGUUGGAGGUGGCAGCAGACACAGGUUAACAAAGAGUCUGGUCUUAUAUUCUCUGAGGAAGAAUGGCAGCAGGAAUGGAAAGGCAUCCUGAGGCUGGCAUCGAGUCGUCCAAGGUCCCUCCCCGGCAUGUCCCGUCGCAGCAGUAGUUGCUGCGAUAGUGCCAUUACUCAGGGAGGAGAAACAUCCACCCCUGUUGUAUAUGAAAGUCUGGAGGAGUUCCAUGUGUUUGUGUUGGCUCAUGUCCUACAACGAGCCAUCAUAGUCGUGGCUGACACCAUUCUCAAGGAUUCCCAUGGGGAUGCUCUCGCUCCAAUACCUUUUGGUGGCAUUUACCUUCCCUUAGAAAUUGAGGCAAAGUCAUGCUACAGAUCACCACUGUUGCUUACCUAUGAUGCUGCUCACUUCUCAGCUCUAGUGCCUAUGGAGAAACAAAGCUCGCCACCAACUGAUGAUAAAUCUGCUCUUCCAGCUGCAGUUCCUUUGGUUGGACCAGACCUUGGCUUGUUACCUCUACAUUUUGUGGUGGACCCAGGUGCAGCGUAUGAUUGGGGUCGCAGUAAUUGUAUUGGUGUAAGUGUUUGUAAUAGUCUAGAGGAUCGCAUCAAUCUGCUCCAGCAAUUCUUGGAUAUGGAUAAACUGCCAAUUCUUUGUGAGAGUGAUUAUGAUAGUGAUGCUCGCUCGACAGGGUCAUAUGAGUCGGAUGAAAAUUUGGGUUGUAUUGGUAAGGACAAGAAGCGUGACAGCAAGAUGUCUCAGCAGAUUCAGAACAUGACAAAGCAGUUUGGAAGUUUAGGAAAAAGUGUUGGUAAAAAGUUGCGCAAGAACUUUGGAAGUGUGGGGAAGGCGCUCAAGUCAAUGGGGCCAGAUUCAGAGAAGGGAAAACGAGUAGGUGGUGUUACACAAAGUACAAAAGUGCCACUCACCAUAGCAGCCAUGUCAGAACAAGAGCAGACAUUUGUGUGGUGUGCCAAACUUUCAGUAUCUCAAAGCCAAACUCAUAGACGCAUGAUCAACAACUAUCUUCAAGACUCCGAGUUACGAUUUAAGCAGGAUCAAGAGCUGAUGAGACCCAGCAGAGAGGAAAUCCGGCGAAGAUCUCUUGGUACUUAUGCUGAUGGCGAUCAUCUGACGAAGUGUGUUACCUCUGAUUGCAACAUGUAUGGCAAUCCAGAGACCUGCUACCUGUGUUCUAAGUGUUUCUCUGAGCAACGACUCGAGGCGUUACAAAAGGAGAAAUCAAGCAAUAAGUCUACCAACCCUCCAAAUUUGUCAAAAAACUCUGAACAAGUUGUAAAGAAAUGUGGACAGUCCAUGUUUUAUAUAUCACAAGAUGAGGUUGCAGAUGAUGAUGCAUUUAUCCCAGAUCCAAAAUUAUUGGCAUCAAAGUCUGGUCUACUUUCUUCACAGCUGAACAAUAAACUUCAUUCAAAUGUAAUGUUGGCCCGCGAUAGAACUCCAUCCCCAGAUUAUGAUAAUGUGGAUUACAAGACUCAUACCAAAGCAGCAACUAACCCUUCGGGCCAAAGCCGAAUGGCUACCGCCAACUCUGGAAUGACUGGACAUAUAACAGCUCCCAACCCACCAGGACCUGUCCAUCCAUCGGUCAUUCAACCCAAAGUAGCCAACACAGCUAACAAAGGGGUAGGGGCUCCCUGUCGAACAGCAGGUUGUACUUUUUUUGGAACAGAAGCUACUCAAUUUUAUUGUUCUGCCUGCUUCAAAAACUCAACAGUUGCCCAGAAACCACAGGGUUACUUAGUGACAUAG